AUGGAUCAAGCCCGUCUCAUGGUUCAAGAGUGUUACUGCUCCAGUAGAGAGAAAAGGAAGAGAAUCGGGGAGAGCUUGAAAGGAGCUGCUUUGGAGAUUAUUCAAGCAGUGAGGGACGCCAACCCUGAUGCUAGCCCGAUGGACUACCUGGAAGCACUUGAACGCACGUUUGGAACCCCCGAGUCUGCCUGGACGCUAGUGGUAGCUAAUGGAGCAACUAUUGAUCCUGGUGAAGGUGUUCCAACCUCAAGCUUUCAGGAGAAGCUUACAAAGCUGCUGCAGGAAGAAGGGAAGACGUUGCGUGAGGCCCAGGCUCUAUACCCAGCUGAAGCAUUGCAAACCACGUCCCCUGAAGCCAUAAUUCGUGCAGUUGGAGACGUUUUAGAGAAAACGGCGAAAUCACACAACGAGACUAAUGCGUAUCGGCGGUUACGAACAUUCUCAGGAAGCAUUCCUACUCCCUCGGGAGAGGAGGGUUUUGAUAGUUGGAUGGAUCAAGCCCGUCUCAUGGUUCAAGAGUGUUACUGCUCCAGUAGAGAGAAAAGGAAGAGAAUCGGGGAGAGCUUGAAAGGACCUGCUUUGGAGAUUAUUCAAGCAGUGAGGGACGCCAACCCUGAUGCUAGCCCGAUGGACUACCUGGAAGCACUUGAACGCACGUUUGGAACCCCCGAGUCUGGUGAGGAUCUUUAUUUUGCAUUCAGAUCAUUAAGACAACAGCCUGGAGAAAAGCUGUCUGAUUUUUUGAGGAGGCUAGAGAGGUCUUUCAAGAAAGUAGUGCUGAAAGGAGGCAUUGCGUCAAGCCGCAUUGAUCUUGUGCGCAUUGAACAGCUUAUACGAGGUGCUACUGAGUCUGAGCUGAUGCUGAUACAGGUGAGAUUAAGGGAAAGGAAGGAUAACCCCCUUGCGUUCCUGACUCUCCUGAAUGAAAUCCGCAAAGAGGAGGAGCAAGAAGCUGCUCGUCAUAAACUGAGCACCAGUGUAAAGCGGAUACAAGUCAGAGAUGACGAGAACCUGAAACGGUCUGUUUCAUGA